AUGCUCGUGGAAUCCAUUCCCACUCUCAGAGUUUUCACACUAGCGGGAUCUCUUAUCUUGUACCACGCUCUAGAUUUUUCUCUCCACAAUAGACACCAUCCGCAGCCCAUCAGCUUCGCUGCUUGCCUCUGUUCUACGGAGUAUGUGGCAGCAUUUGCAUUCGCCCUCACAGAAUACUAUUUAGAAUACUUCUUCUGCUCAUGGAAGAGGUCUAAGCCACUAGUAACUAUAUGCUAUGUGAUCGGGUUAAUUGGGAUGGUUCUCGGUGAUGGUCUGCGCAAGCUUGCUAUGAUGCAGAAUGGAAUUGGAUUCACUCACAAGAUAGCCACAACCCGUGAGAAAGACCACCAACUAGUUGUCUCAGGGGUAUACCGAUUGACCAGACAUCCCGGAUACCUUGGCUGGUUCAUUUGGGCCGUUUCCACCCAAGUGAUGCUCGCCAAUCCACUAUCAAUUAUAGUUUACAUUUUCGUUUCCUGGAAGUUCUUCAGUGACAGAAUUAGAUACGAAGAAGAAACCCUCCUUGCCUUGUUCGGAGACGAGUACUUAGAGUAUAUGAAGCGCACGCGGUGUUACAUACCGUUUGUCUCGAGACACGCAGCUACCGCCCACUGA